AUCGUCUUUCAAACAGCCAAUCAGAUUGAUCCAUUUCGAAACGGAAGCUGUGUUGUUUACAUUUUCCAAGAUGGCGGCGGGGAUGUAUUUGGAGCAUUAUUUGGACAGCAUAGAAAAUCUUCCCUUCGAGUUGCAGAGAAACUUCAAUUUAAUGAGGGAUCUCGAUCAACGCACAGAGGAUCUUAAAGGACAGAUAGACUCUCUGGCUAAAGAAUACACAGCCAACGCUCGGACCCUUUCUUCUGAGCAGAAGCUGUCCAUACUGAGGCAGAUUCAGCAGUCCUACAGUAAAUGUAAAGAGUUUGGAGAUGAUAAGGUGCAGCUGGCCAUGCAGACCUAUGAAAUGGUUGACAAGCACAUCAGACGUCUUGACACAGACCUGGCUCGAUUUGAGGCUGACCUGAAGGAAAAGCAGAUUGAAAGCACCGAUUAUGAUUCCACCUCGAGUAAGGGGAAGAAAGGAGACUCCAGACAAAAGGAAAAGAAGGCAGCUAAAACAAGGUCUAAAGUGAAGAGUUCAGAUGAAGACAGCAGUCCAAAAAGUGCACAGAAGAAAGUCAAACUCCUUCAACCAGGAGAAUUCAACAGCUCUUCCUCCAACUUUGGGAAUGUUCACCCAUCUGAUGUCCUGGACAUGCCUGUGGACCCCAAUGAGCCCACUUACUGUCUGUGUCAUCAGGUGUCUUAUGGCGAGAUGAUCGGCUGUGACAACACCGAUUGCUCCAUUGAGUGGUUCCAUUUUGCAUGUGUGGGCUUAACAACCAAACCACGUGGCAAAUGGUACUGCCCACGGUGCUCUCAGGAUAGAAAGAGGAAGUAAAGCACUUGGUUGCUCUGGAACAAAACAUAGAUGCUGAUAUGAUGGAAAAUGAAAAGAAUAUUUCUUAAUUAGUUUAUAGAACUUUUGUUUCUCAUCUUUCUUAACAUUGGGUGCUUUUUCUUUGGUUUACAUCCUUGCCUUGAUCUGAUGCAGUGUGUGUGAAGGAGCCAAGUGGUUCAAAAUUUAUUUAAGGUGUGUUUUUUUUUUUUUUUUUAUGAAUACCAUAAGUUUUUUUUUUUUUUAUUAAAGUUACGUUCGGUGCUCUUUUUAUGACUUACCUUUUUACAUUUUUAUGUUCAAGUGAAUAAUAAACACUACAACUGCCCCUACUGGUUUAGUUGUCACAAUUUCCAUGGCACUCUGAAUUAAUUUACAACUAUGAAAUUUAAACUAUUUUCACUGCAAACUGGUCGUGGAUGAUUUUAUGCUUUAUUGUACGGUUGGUUAGUUUCUCACCUUGGAACACUAGUUGUAUUUUUUUUUCCUUUUUUUUGUGUGUAACAAGAGGG